AUGGGUGCCACUACCGUCCCUACCAACGAGCAGAUCCUGGUCCCUGAGACCCUGCUCAAGAAGCGCAAGAGCCAGGAGAAGGCUCGCGCCGAGCGCACCGCUGCUCAGGAGAAGAAGAAGACCUCCAACAAGGAGAAGCGUGGUGUCAUCUUCAAGCGUGCUGAGAAGUACGUCACCGAGUACCGCGAUGCCGAGCGCGAGAAGAUCCGCCUGGCCCGCGUUGCCAAGAAGAACGACUCGGCCUACAUCCCUGCUGAGGCCAAGCUGAUCUUCGUCGUCCGCAUCAAGGGUAUCAACAAGAUGCCCCCCAAGCCCCGCAAGAUCCUCCAGCUCCUCCGUCUCCUCCAGAUCAACAACGGCGUCUUCAUCAAGGUCACCAAGGCCACCACUGAGAUGCUCAAGAUCGUCGAGCCCUGGAUCGCCUACGGCUACCCCAACCUGAAGUCCGUCAAGGAGCUCGUCUACAAGCGCGGCUACGGCAAGGUCAACAAGCAGCGCGUCGCCCUGACCGACAACUCCAUCAUCGAGGAGAACCUCGGCAAGUACGGCAUCGUCUGCAUGGAGGACCUCAUCCACGAGAUCUUCACCGUCGGCCCCAACUUCAAGCAGGCCGCCAACUUCCUGUGGCCCUUCAAGCUCAGCAACCCCACUGGCGGCUUCCGCACCCGCAAGUUCAAGCACUUCAUCGAGGGUGGUGACCUUGGCAACCGCGAGGAGGCCAUCAACGCCCUCAUCCGCCAGAUGAACUAG